GUACUUCCGAUUUAGAGAGGCUCUUGAAGAGUGUCAACAGGAAUACGAUGAGCUUGUGGCAGGAGUUUUUUCCACUAACCUGACCGAUCGGAGUAGCAGCGAGGACGAGGCUAAGCAUAGGGCGAAGCGAAGGAAGGUAGAUUCGUCAAGGGGAAGAGGAAGACCUAGGAAGCUAGAAAAGUCGGCCGAUGAUGAAGCCCUGCUGAACGAUAACGGCUCGUGGCUCCUCUCAAUGCGAGGGCGAGCCGGUAACUCUGGUGUCAUGCAGCGCUUCUCGGACAUGCUACAGGAGUCUCCCCAACUACAUGGUGCCGAUGAGGACGAUGAAGAGCUUGAGACAGGGCUGCAGGCACCGUCCGUUGUGUGGGCUAAGAUACCCGGAAGAGGCCCAUCCUGGACACCAGCGGUUCUUACGCAUGUUCUCCGAGGGGCCGCCUCCACAGCACCGUACAUGGUCUACUUCCUCGAGAAGGAGCAGUUGCCAGUGGCUCAUUUGCGACAAUCACAGUCAGUGUGGGAGGAUUCGCACGUGGUCAACAACAUGUGUUGCUGA